UUUUUUUUUUUUUUUUGCUGUUGAUAAAGAUUUGAAGAUUUGAGUUCUCAUCGCCCAUCGGAUUAUGCCCAAGACUUUCCUACCCAAUGAUCCUCUUGCAACACGCCAGCCUUCCUCUGCCUAAGCGGCCCUCAUCCUCUCCUCCUAUGUCAGUGGCUGCCCGGUCUGCAGGAACUUUGCAGCUUCCGCCACAGAAGCCUUUUGGGCAGGAGGCUUCCUUGCCUCUGGCUGGGGAAGUAGAGUUACCGAAGGGAGGGGAGCAAGACUCUGCCCUGGAGGAGCUAUGUAAGCCCCUGUACUGCAAACUCUGCAAUGUCACCUUGAACUCUGCGCAGCAAGCCCAGGCUCAUUAUCAGGGUAAAAAUCAUGGUAAGAAACUCCGAAAUUACUAUGCAGCCAACAGCUGUCCUCCUCCUGCCAGAAUGAGCAACGUGGUGGAACCUGUGGCUACUCCAGCUGUUCCCGUCCCUCCGCAGAUGGGCUCCUUUAAGCCUGGAGGCAGAGUGAUCCUGGCCACGGAGAAUGAUUACUGUAAGCUUUGUGAUGCCUCCUUUAGUUCUCCGGCUGUGGCUCAGGCUCACUAUCAAGGGAAGAAUCACGCCAAGAGGCUGCGGCUGGCGGAAGCUCAGAGUAACUCAUUCUCGGAGUCCUCAGAGGCCGGUCAGCGGCGGACCCGGAAAGAAGGGAAUGAGUAUAAGAUGAUGCCUAAUAGGAGGAAUAUGUAUACAGUACAGAAUAAUUCAGCAGGUCCUUACUUCAAUCCCCGCUCUCGGCAGAGAAUUCCACGUGAUCUGGCCAUGUGUGUUACCCCGAGUGGCCAGUUUUACUGCUCCAUGUGUAAUGUUGGGGCUGGUGAGGAGAUGGAGUUCCGGCAGCAUUUAGAGAGCAAGCAACAUAAAAGCAAGGUGUCUGAACAGCGGUACAGAAAUGAGAUGGAGAAUCUGGGAUAUGUAUAGUGGUUGUUGUAUUCAGAUAGAGCAGCUUUUCCUGCCUGUUGUUUGCCUUCUGUCAACAUGCCCUGCUUUUGUGGUCCUUUUGAUCUGAGUAUAUUCCUCUGCUUAAUGUUAAUACGUGUAACCUGCAGUGGUGUACCAUGAGCUAUCAAGACUGGGGAAGGAAAAGAAUGUGCUUCUUAGGUCAUGAUGCAUUUUCAGGUCAGUUGUGUUGAUCUACUUAGAGCAUGUGACCUACCUACCCCACGAGAAGUAACUUUUUAUCUUGACCAAGUUCUGGUCAACUAGUAGCCUGAUCACUUAGAGCUUUAACUAUUCAAAAAUUUAAAAUUUUCACCUUCUUUUGCAGUUUUAGUUUUACGUACUGUUAAGUAAAGAAUUUUAUUGAGUUCUUACUUCAGAUAAUGGUAAAAACAGGUAAGCAGAGAUUCUGGUUUCCCAAGGUUUCUUUGGAACCACCUCAACACAAUGCCUUGCCAGUAGGAUAUAUGAAUAUAAACCGGAUUAGGGUCUUUCCCAGGACAUGUUUUCCCCUUGUCUUCCCAUUAUUGAUUGAAUAUAGAUUUUCUUGGAUUUAUACACUUCCAGUGUGCUUGUAGACUUCCCAACUGUGAAAUUUCAUUUCCACUUGUGGAUUUUACACAUUUAAAUGCCAUCUUCUUCCUUCCUUCCCCCUUCCCCCACCCCACCUCAGUUGAAUUAGCUUGUUUAAUGAGCUCAUUUUCAUGCCCCAGCUAUUUUGUGGGCUUUCCAAGCCCCCUGUUCCAAUAUUCAAUGCAUUUAAGAUAGAUAUGCUAUUUUUUAAAAAAAUAUUUUUCAGAUGGUUUUGAGAAAUGUAAAGAUGUGUUUGAUUUUUCAAUUUAGAGUUAUUCACUGAUAAUAACCUACUUAUAUGACAAUCUUGAUUGUUAAGUUUGGAUCUCUUGAUAUUUGUUUUGGGAGACUUUUUUGAUAAACUGAUCCUUAUGGUUUACUUAUGUUCUUUCCUGUCUUACCCGUUGGUUGGCUACUCUGAAAAAUACUACUACCUUAUUAUUUUAUAGAUAGAGAGGAUUAAAAAAAAAGUUAACCAAAUUUUAGUUUCAUAAUAUCCAGUAGUAAAAUACAUGAACUUCGGUUCUUUGUAAUUCAGCUUCUUUAAAGGUUGUGGAAAUACAUUAUGGAUUACUUUGGUAUCUGAUCAUUUUAAUAGUAUUAUUAUUUGGUUUUGGUUUUUAAAAUAAGAAGCUCUAGUGUAUGGCUAGAUAAACUAAUGGAGUACUCUAUGAACUUUAAUUAGUUGUAUUUUAUCUACUUACUGUAUUUACAUGGAUAAGACUGGUGCUCAUCCAUACUUUUUUUUGGAAGGCCACAUUCACCAGGAAGUUUAUAAUGAGCAGUAUCUUUGCACUAUGGUCAAUUCACAUUUGAUUGCUUUAAUUAGUAAUUAAAAAUAAAACUCCUAUUUUUCCUUGAUAAUUCUAUAGGCAAAGAGAUGGGGAGAAGGAAAUUACAAUCAUCAUUCCUUGCCUUUAAUCCUUAUGAACAAUUUUUGAGCAAUGUAGAUCUGUAUUUAAAAUUCAGUUUUGGGAUAACCACUGGUACAAUUAUCAACUUGUUCUUCUGUUGAAGUAGAGGUUUUUUGAAAAUAGAAUUGUUUAGUACAUUUUUUUCCCUCCCAGAAACAGGAGAAUGAAAUAACAUUAUUGAGAUUCUAUCUAGACCUGUGACUCUGAGCAUAAUAAUCCUUUUAUACAAUUGAUUAGUUUAGACCAAUUUAGAACUUAUUUUAUUGGUCAGUAGGUUACUCAUAUUGCUGCUAAGUAUCAUUUUUGGGUAGAAUUUAAUAUUACAGUGCUGGCCACUUAGUUCUUUAAUUAUUUAAAAACUUUAUUUUCCUCUCUUUCUCUGUAUGUCUGUGUACAUAUAGACAUACAUACAUAUAUGUAUGUGUGUAUAUAAGUACAUAUAUACACACAUACAUA